GGGACUUGUUGACCACGAAUGCCUGGAAGGUCUGGCACAUGGAGGACAAUACACCGAGACAGAGGGACCCCAUCUCUCUCACAUCAGUGGCCAAUGGUUUGGAGAACAUGGGGGCCGAGCUGCUGGAAAGCCUGGAGGAAGGCCGGACCCCUGGCAGCGACUCAAGCCCGGCGGAAGUGGGAGGCAGCUGGAGCAAGGCUGGCCCGGAGCAUUUGGGACGGAGGAGCCUGCAGCCAGCCCUGAGAGUGAGACGCUUCUGCAGGGAGCACACACAGCUGUUUCGAUGGAUCUGCACAGGCCUGCUCUGUACUGCUUUCGCUGCCUUUCUGCUGAUUGCCUGCCUCCUGGAUUUCCAGAGGGCCCUGGCAUUGUUCGUCCUCUUCUGUGUGGUCCUCUUCUUCCUGGCCCACAGCCUGCUGAAGAGGCUGCUGGGGCCAAAGCUGCUGAGGUGUGUCAAGCCUCUGAGGCAUCCCUGCCUGAACCUCUGGUUUAAGAGGGGUCUAGCCCUUGCUGCUUUCCUGGGCCUGGUCCUGUGGCUGGUUCUGGACACUGCUCAGCGGCCUGAGCAGCUAGUGUCCUUUGGAGGAAUCUGCGUGUUCAUCCUCCUCCUCUUUGCUGGCUCAAAGCAUCACCGUGCAGUGUCUUGGCGGGCUGUAUCCUGGGGUCUUGGACUACAGUUUGCACUUGGACUCUUUGUCAUCAGAACAGAGCCAGGAUUUAUUGCAUUUCAGUGGCUGGGCGACCAGAUCCAGAUCUUCCUGAGCUACACUGAGGCCGGCUCCAGCUUUGUGUUUGGGGAAGCUCUGGUCAAAGAUGUCUUUGCUUUUCAGGUUUUGCCCAUCAUUGUUUUCUUCAGCUGCGCCAUGUCAGUUCUCUACUAUGUGGGUCUCAUGCAGUGGGUGAUCCUGAAGAUCUCCUGGCUGAUGCAGGCCACCAUGGGUACCACGGCCACGGAGACCCUGAGUGUGGCUGGAAACAUCUUUGUGAGUCAGACCGAGGCUCCUCUGCUGAUCCGGCCCUACUUGGCAGACAUGACACUCUCUGAAAUCCACGUUGUCAUGACCGGAGGCUACGCCACCAUUGCCGGCAGCCUGCUAGGCGCCUACAUCUCCUUUGGGAUCGAUGCCGCCUCCUUGAUUGCUGCCUCGGUGAUGGCCGCCCCUUGUGCCUUAGCCCUCUCCAAGCUGGUCUACCCAGAGGUGGAGGAGUCAAAGUUUAAGAGGGAGGAAGGAGUGAAACUGACCUACGGAGAUGCUCAGAACCUCUUAGAAGCAGCUAGCAGUGGGGCUGCCAUGUCCGUGAGGGUGGUGACCAACAUCGCAGCCAACCUGAUUGCCUUCCUGGCUGUGCUAGCCUUCAUCAAUGCUGCCCUCUCCUGGCUGGGAGACAUGGUGGAUGUCCAGGGGCUCAGCUUCCAGCUCAUCUGCUCCUACGUCUUGCGGCCUGUGGCCUUCUUGAUGGGUGUGGCCUGGGAGGACUGCCCAGUGGUGGCUGAGCUGCUGGGGAUGAAGCUGUUUCUGAACGAGUUUGUGGCAUAUCAGGAGCUCUCCGGGUACAAGCAGCGCCGCCUCGCAGGGGCUGAGGAGUGGGUCGGCUCCAGGAAGCAGUGGAUCUCUGUCAGAGCAGAAAUCCUCACAACGUACGCCCUCUGUGGAUUUGCCAACUUCAGCUCCAUUGGGAUCAUGCUGGGCGGCCUGACCUCCAUGGUCCCGCAGCGGAAGGGCGACUUCUCCCAGAUUGUGCUCCGGGCACUCUGCACCGGGGCCUGUGUGUCCCUGGUGAACGCUUGUGUGGCAGGGAUCCUCUACGUGCCCAGGGGGGCUGAGGUUGACUGUGUGUCCUUCCUGAACACGACCCUCAGCAGCAGCAGCUUUGAAGUGUACCAGUGCUGCCGCCAGUUCUUCCAGAGCACCAGCCUGGAGUUCAGCCCAGAGGCCCUGGACAACUGCUGUCGAUUUUACAAUCACACGAUCUGUGUAUAGCAGGGACAGGACAUCUGUGUGCCUUCAGGGGGCUUUUCUUUCCUUGGAAACAGCUGUCCCCAUCUUUCUCUCACCAGCCUCCCCCUUGGGGAAGCCACCAGGCUUGGACUUACCUCAGAUUGAGAAGACUCAUGGGGAGAAUGGGCAGAGUAUAUAAGUGAGUGAGGGGAGUUCCUGUCAUGGCACAGCAGAAAGGAAUCUGACUAGGAACCAUGAGGCUGUGGGUUUGAUCCCCGGCCUCACUCAGUGGGUUAAGGAUCUGGCGUUGCCAUGAGCUGUGCCCCCCACUCCUCACCCGCUUCUGUUCUCCAGCCCCUACCUCCCAAAAUGUGAAUUCUCAGAGUCACCUCUGCCUCUUCUUCCCUCUAUGCCCAAACAGCAGCCUGCUCUCCCCACCCUCCCUCCUCCCCACCUUGGGUCUCUCACACUGGCCCUUUCCUUCUGCUCAGCACCCUUAGCCGGGCAUUUCAGCUGCCUCCUUCCCUCCUCCUCUCUGGUCACUGAAAUCUGGCUGUGGCUUAACUCCUGCCUGACAGCUUUUCCUGGAGACCCUUCCUCCCCUCUCAGAGACUCCACACUGCCCUCCCCCAAAGCACUUCCCAGACUGGUGUCCCGCAAGACCUGUGGAAGUAUCCAUCAUCCACUAGGUUUGGGAAACACUGGGCUAAAUAAAGUUAGGGGGGUUGUUUAUUUGCUUUUUGUUUUUCACUAUGGACUUAUUAGAGCUUGAUGUGGAUAUGAUAGGAGACAGUUUCCAAAUUUGGCCAUAAGAAUCUUUUUGAUGGGGAGUUCCCGUCGUGGUGCAGUGGUUAACGAAUCUGACUAGGAACCAUGAGGUCGCAGGUUUGAUCCCUGGCCUUGUUCAGUGGGUUAAGGAUCUGGCAUUGCCAUGAGCUGUGGUGAAGGUUGCAGACGCGGCUCGGAUCCCCAAUUGCUGUGGCUGUGGUGUAGGCCGGUGGCUACAGCUCCGAUUAGACCCCUAGCCUGGGAACCUCCAUAUGCCGUGGGAAGCGGCCCUAGAAAAGGCAAAAAGACCAAAAAAAAAAAA